GUCGCCAUGUUGAGAGCGGGCGUUGCGUAUUUGGAUUAAAAUGUUUGAAAUGACCAUUAAAUCCUUAGCAAUACCUGCUGUUCUCGGCUCAGGUCGCGAAACUAAAACACUAAUUUAAUAUUACUAAGCGAAAAUAUGCAAUACUUCGUGGACGAUGUGUACAAUAAGCAACAAAACAUAGUGCUAACAUAAUGGAAACUGGAAGAUGAGUGAUCAUCAAGGUGGGGUGGGACCACAACCGCCCUCGCACUCACUUAAUGUGGGACCCGGACAAACAGUGAGAUUACAACAAGUUUUAACUACGGGAACGACACAGAAUUUGAACGUGUUAUCGUCGAGGGGCCAGCAGUUCGUCAUCACCUCACAAGUCCCAGGAUUGACACAGGUGAUACCCACAAUUGCGACCAGUAAUGCUACAAUUCAGCAAGGAGGAACAACUCGGAUAAUAAAUAUUGCCCCAUCUAGGAGACUGAGUGUAUUGGGAGUGCCUCAAGGACAUGCUGGAAGCCUACAACUUACGUCAAACAAUGCAAAUGGCAGUGAACUUCCUGGAAGAGGAACUGUGUCCUUGGUUGCCAUUGGUCAACCAACUAUGGCAACAGUUUCAUCAUCACAUCCCACCCUCGUCAGUUCUUUGUCAUCACCACCGAGACAACGAGCAACGACACCAGCGGGACGUCCGGGUGUUCAGCAGGCUGCAGUGCCGCGGAAGAGGGCCAGACUGUCUGACCUUCAGGAACGCCCUCCUCCAAAUGAGGAAGUCGCAGCCAUGCGCCAUAGUGUUCAGGAACAAAAGACAAUACGCAUGCGUGAACUGUGUGAACAGUAUGCGGAGCACGCUGCUGAGGCCUUUUUUCUACAGGCUGGAGGCAACAUGAUGGACUAUCACAUAUGGCGUAAAAAGCCAUCCACUCCACAGUUCCUACAUUUCCUUCGUACUCACCGCCUCGAUCCAGACGAUGAUGAUGAAGACCUCACACAGCAACUGUCUGCUACUGUAGCAAAUGCUUCACAGAAUGCAGAUUUGAAAGUGCCUUCAUCUGUUUCAUCUUCACCAAGUCCAGUGCAAGUUAGCACGCCAUUUGUUACAAAUGACACAACCACCGCUACAACUGGAACAAACUCUGUGAGUAGUAGUCUGCGCUUAUCGUCACAGACUACAGCAGAGAGAAGCUUACCUCCAAGUUCUGUUGUGAAGCAUAAAACAUCUACUGUAAAUGUGGCACCUCGAUUUCAUGCACGGCAACAUUCUAUCUCUGCUCUUUAUGAUAAUUCAAUUGGAAGCCAGGAACAAAUAGCUGAAAAGGCAAAACAGGAAGCAUAUGUCAUGCAGAGGAUACUAGAACUGCAGAAAGAAGGUCUGUGGUCAGAAAAACGUCUUCCAAAAGUUCAGGAGCCACCUCGAGCAAAAGCACAUUGGGACUAUUUAAUAGAAGAGAUGGUGUGGUUAGCUGCUGACUUUGCCCAAGAAAGGAAGUGGAAAAAAGCUGCAGCUAAAAAGUGUGCCAGAAAUGUGCAGAAGUAUUUCCAGGAGAAGGAAGCUCAAGCUCAGAAAGCAGAAAAGAUUCAAGAACUUAGGUUAAAGAAAAUUGCUGGUUUUAUGGCAAAAGAAGUAAAAACAUUUUGGGCAAAUGUUGAGAAGUUAGUUGAAUAUAAACAACAAACAAGGUUAGAAGAGAAAAGAAAAAAGGCAUUAGAUCAACACCUAAGUUUUAUUGUUGAUCAGACUGAAAAAUAUUCCAACUGGUUGGCAGAAAGCAUGAACAAAGGUGGUGAUAGUACAAACGUAAGUGUUCCUGCAUCAGUAGCUUCAUCUCGUUUGUCAUCACCAUCAAGGAGAACAACUGUGUCUGAUGAUGAAUUUCAACCAAACCAGAGUUCCACAGAUGAUGAGGAAACUAUUGCAAAGGCCGAAGAAGAUACUGAAACUCAAAAUCAUUCAGAAGAAAUUGAGAUGUUGAAAAGAGAAUCAGAAAUACCAUUAGAAGAUCUCCUUAAAGAGCUCCCAGAAGAUUACCUCCAGAGCAGAGACACCAAUAGUAAUGAAGAAUUUAAGAAGGAUGAGACAGAUUCUGAAAAAGCAGAUGAUGAUGAAUUCAUUAUUGAAUCAGAUAAAGAAUCAACGGAUGAUGAAGAGACAAUUCAAGAACAAGAAGCAACUGAAGGAAAUGUUGACCAUAAAAAAGAGUUAGCUGAAUUACAAGCAGAGAGUGAAUUGAGCAUUGAAGAUCUCCUGGCCAAAUACAAAGGUUCACUGUCAGCGGAUGAUACUGUGGAAACGGAAGUCAAUGAAAUGUCAGAAGUAGACACAGAAGAAGAAGAUGAAGAUGACAACGAUGAUGUCGAUAAUGAUGACGACAAUGGUGAGGAGAGUCAGUCGGAGGACGAAGCUGCAGGCAGCAGUAGUGAAGAAGGAACCGAGAUUGGUUUGAAGACAUUGCUGGAUGAAGAGGCAGAAAUGAAAGAUGAGAAGAUUGUAGAUAACGAGACUGCGGGUAAAGAAAUCAACGAUGUUGCAGCUCUAGCAGAGAGUAUUCAGCCCAAAGGAAACACAUUGUCAUCUACAAGUGUUGUGACACCCAUACCAUUCCUCCUGAAGCAUUCCUUAAGAGAGUAUCAGCAUAUCGGAUUGGAUUGGCUUGUUACAAUGUUUGAUCGUAAACUGAAUGGCAUUCUGGCUGAUGAAAUGGGUUUGGGCAAAACAAUCCAAACAAUUUCUUUGCUCGCUCAUUUAGCAUGUGAGAAAGGUAAUUGGGGUCCACAUCUCAUUAUAGUUCCUACAUCUGUGAUGUUAAAUUGGGAAAUGGAAUUCAAGAAAUGGUGCCCAGCUUUCAAAAUACUCACGUAUUAUGGAUCUCAGAAGGAAAGGAAACAGAAGCGUACAGGAUGGACAAAACCCAAUGCAUUUCAUGUGUGUAUAACCUCCUAUAAACUGGUAAUUCAGGACCACCAGAGCUUUAGAAGGAAGAAGUGGAAAUAUCUUAUAUUGGAUGAAGCUCAAAAUAUAAAAAACUUUAAAUCUCAAAGAUGGCAACUUCUGCUAAAUUUUCAGACUCAGAGGCGCCUUCUCUUGACUGGAACCCCACUGCAGAAUAAUUUGAUGGAGCUUUGGUCUCUUAUGCACUUUUUAAUGCCAAAUGUUUUCCAGUCACAUCGGGAAUUUAAGGAAUGGUUCUCUAACCCUGUAACAGGAAUGAUAGAAGGCAAUUCAGAGUAUAAUGAAAGUAUCAUCAAGCGAUUACAUAAGGUGCUGAGGCCAUUUUUGUUGAGGCGUUUAAAGAUUGAAGUGGAGAAGCAGUUACCAAAGAAGUAUGAGCAUGUAGUUAUGUGCCGGCUCUCCAAAAGACAGCGCUUCUUGUAUGAUGAUUUUAUGUCUAGAGCAAAAACCAGGGAAACACUUGCAAGUGGAAAUCUCCUGAGUGUGAUCAAUGUGCUGAUGCAAUUGCGCAAAGUGUGCAAUCAUCCAAACCUGUUUGAAGCGAGACCUACAAUAUCACCUUUUCAGAUGGAAGGCCUCACAUAUACAACUGCAUCUUUAGUUUAUAGUGCUCUGGACUAUGAUCCAUUUAAGCAUGUUGACUUGUUUUACCUCAACUUGUUGUUGCUGGAUUUGGAACUUUGCUUAACUGCAUUUGUUGCACAUCGAAUUAAGAAGUAUCAGGCACCAAAGAAGCUAAUUGAAGAAAUUGAUACCAAACCAGAUCCUGCACCUCGUUGCCCUGCUGGUAAAAUAAAAAUUCAUGUUCGUCUGUCCACAUCACAGCAGCAGCAGCCCCCUUCUGCUUUAUUUAACAAAGCCAUAUCAAAUAUCCCCAUUGCAAGAGUUGGAACAUCACCUUCGAUUGUUGCUGUUAGUCCACAGGUUUCUGGUCAAGGCAUUACUUUACGAGUACCAUCAACAGGAACUUCGUCUCAGGCAUAUGCAAUUCAGUUAGUGAAUCAAGAAGGAACCGUCAAAGCUGUUCCAGUCACUGCAGCGCAAAACCAACACCACCAACAGCAGCAUCAAAUAGUAUUGCAACCAAAUUCCAUACAAGUUCAACAGUCAAAACCAGUAGAUGGUAUACAGAAGAUACCAGUAUCAGCAGGAUUUGCACAGAUAGUUCAGUCAUCUGGUGGUAGGCACAUCUUGCUUACAUCAUCUGCACAAAUUGUUCAGCCUUUAUCAGCCAGCCAGACGGUCCAAGCAAACUCAACUGGAGUAUUACCAAAUGGGCAAAGAGUAACAGUUCUUUCAAAAUCAGUGAAUAGUUCAUCUGUUUCAAGUUCAUCAGUGAAUAGGAUUGUUACAUCUAGCACAUCGGCAAGACCUGUGAUGAGAGUGCCUCCCUUAAAUGUGAACACUGUUGUACAUUCCAAUCAUAGCUCAGCCAAUAGUGUAGUGAUCACUGGAACAACUACUCUUACAACUACUACCACAUCUACUUCCACAAAAACUAGUGCAGUGUUGACUCAGCCCGUAUUGGCAGCACUUGUGCAACAGACAAGAAAUAAUGUCACCUCGAAGUCAUUAAUUACACUGACAGGAGGUAGUCUGGAUCUGGAUGGUGUCAAGUCUUUGGUGCCCACAAAUCAUAAACAAGAGACAGAUGCAAGCAAGGAUUCUGUGUUUUAUUUGCCGGAACUGAAUAAAAAGCGACAUAUGAAACGGAGAGAAAAGCUUUGUACGAUUAAUAUAGUCAAUCAGAGGCGAUGUGCUGCUUGUCCAAUCUAUGGGUCUGACUUAGUUGAAGCAGUUAGAAUUGUCGAUCAGCAGUGUACGUCACGUGGAUGGAAGAGCAGUGGUUAUGUUCAUUGCCAACAUGCACAUAGGCAAUGUAACAGACCAGAAGUUUACUGGAACACUACUGAAGCAUUAAAGGCUGUGAUUCAUACAAAUACUUCGUAUGUCGACGAACUGAAAGAUGUAUUUUCAAGGUUCCUGUUGUUUGUGCCAGCAGUGGCAGCACCUCAGCCAAAAUUUCAUGUCUCUCACCCCCCACCUUCACGAUUGUGGGAAGACAGAAGAUUUACAGCUGAACUUCAACGGGAGUUGUCACCUCGUUGUGCAUUGUUGUAUCCUGUAGUGAGUGCAAUGGCAACCCAGUUUCCUGAUCCCAGGCUUAUUCAGUAUGAUUGCGGCAAACUGCAGGUUCUUGAUAAGCUUCUUAGGCAUUUGAAAACAGAACAUCACCGAGUCCUGAUUUUCACCCAGAUGACAAAGAUGUUGGACGUUCUUGAAGCAUUUCUUAAUUAUCAUGGGCACAUAUAUUUAAGAUUAGAUGGGACAACAAGAGUUGAUCAGAGACAGCUUUUGAUGGAACGUUUCAAUGCUGAUAGGCGCAUAUUUUGCUUUAUAUUAUCUACUCGCUCUGGUGGUAUUGGCGUAAACCUAACUGGAGCAGAUACUGUAAUAUUUUACGACAGUGACUGGAAUCCAACAAUGGAUGCCCAAGCACAAGAUCGCUGUCACAGAAUUGGCCAGACAAGAGAUGUACACAUUUACAGGCUUGUUAGUGAAAUGACUGUUGAAGAAAAUAUUCUGAAGAAGGCUAAUCAGAAACGAUUGUUGGGAGAUCUUGCAAUUGAAGGAGGAAACUUCACAACAGCAUAUUUUAAAAAAUCAACAAUCCAGGAUCUCUUUAAUAUUGAUAUCAAUGAAGAUGACCCAUCAAGAAGAAUGGCCGAAAUUUUGGAAAAGGAUAAUGAAAAAGAGAAAAAGUCCAAGGAUGAAUCUCAGGCACCCACUGAAGAAAAGGCUGCUUUAGGUGCUCUAGAAUCAGCUUUGGCUGCUGCAGAAGAUGAAUCUGAUGUCCUUGCUGCAAGAACUGCCACAGCUGAGGCAGCUGCUGAUCUUGCAGAAUUUGAUGAGUCUAUUCCACUAGAGGAAGCAGAAGGAAAUGCAGCUUCAGGAGAACAGGAAAUUAGCAAGGCAGAACAAGAAGUCAGACAGUUAGAACAACAGCUUACUCCUGUGGAACGCUAUGCAAUGAGAUUUGUUGAGGAGACUGAAGCAGCAUGGUCAGCAGAGCAAUUGGCAGCAGCUGAGGCAGAAAUUGAACAACAAAAGCGGGAAUGGGAACUUGGAAGACUCCAGGCAUUGAAAGAGGAAGAAGAGCGAUGUGCACACCUUACUGAAGAUGAAGAAGAACAACCACUCACAUUUUCACGUGUGGCUGCUCAUAACCAGGUCAUGGGUUCCACACAGCUGAAAGAACAGUUAAUGAUGUGGUGUCCACCAACUCCACCACAAGAUGAAAAUGAUGUUUAUAUAGAUCACUCUAUUGGUUUUCUCUAUGAACAAACAAUAAUGUCUGAAUCUCAGCUACCUGCAGUUUAUGUAAAGAAGGACUUCAAGCGAUAUAGACUGGACAUUUCUCCUGGAUCAGACAGAGAUGCUCGGCGGCCGCAUAAAAUGCGGCACAGAGAAGAUUCCGUGUACGCACCACGUUCUCUGUUUGAUCGACCUUCUCCUGCUCUUCUGAAAAUGCGAAGAGACAUGAAAUUACAGAAGUAUCGUGGUGGCACGGUACGCCCCAUGUUAUCCAUUUCCAGCCUCAAGCCAGCAGCUACUGUGAAGCAAAUAGCUGAACCAGAGCAUGUGCCAGAAUGGCAUAUUCAUGAGGAAUGGGCUCUUUUACAGGCUGUUCAGAGCUUCUUGCAAUUACCGUUGAACUUGAUGGUACUUUCACCAGCACAUACACCAAAUUGGGAUAUGGUAUCAGAUAUUGUAAACAAUGUUUCUUGUACAUAUCGGUCUCCAAAGCAGUGCCGAAAUAGGUAUGAAACAGUUAUAGUACCAAGAGAAGAAGGCAAAGUUUUUUAUGAUACAAAUCCAAAAAAGCAGAAGAAGACAAAAGGUGUUUAUAAGCUUCCACCACAAACGAAGGCAGGCAGGCCAUUAAGAACAUCACAACUGUUUUUGCAAGAUAACAACAGUUCAUUCACCAGCAUAUAUCUUCAGAGAUUUGAAGUAAUUAAAGAAAUGGCCUGUAAAAGGAAACCAAUUCAAAAGCCACAGAUUACCCCUGGUGUGAAGAAUCAGAGACCUCCUCCUAUCUUCUUAGAAAAUGGUAUUGAUUACGAUGAACCGAUAACACCUGGAGAUGCAGCAUCAAGAAGAUUAGAAAGAAUUGCCAGGGACAAAACAAAGACAUUGGAUCAGCAAGAAGAACAAAGGCGUCAGCAGCAGAGGGCACAGCAGCAGCUGUCACAGCAGCAGCAGCAGCACCAGCAGCAACUGGUCCAUCAGCUGCGUCAGCAGCUACAGGCUGCCGCAGCAGUAGCAGGCACAGUGCCUGUGCCUCCUGCAACGGCAGCUAGCUCAUUACCCACAGCAGUUGCUACAGGGUCCACAGUCAAUGGUAUUUCCAGUUCUGCUGUAGCUCCCGUUAUAGCUACGAGUAGUUCACCGUCAGCUUCAUCUUCACUGCCAAUUGUUGUCACAACUGUAACGUCUGUCACAGCAGCAACUGUCGUUUCGUCUGUUGUCAACGCCAUUCGUAAUGCGAGAACAGUCACUGCUUCAGUAUCGCAGGAUGGUGCAUCCGGCCAGGUGCGUACCGUAACCAGCUCCACACCCAUUGUGUCAGUAGCUGGCCUCACACCUGCUCAGGUGCAAGCUGCAACUCAGCGCCUUGUAGCACAGUCCUCUUCUGCAGCCACCUCAUCUGCAACAGCUGUUGUUGCCAAAGGUGUACCAACAGUAACAGGAUCAACAACAAAGACAACAAUAACCCAAGCACAGCUGCAACUGUACAGGCAACAGGCACUGUUGAGACAGCAAAGAAUUGCUACCCAACAGCUGAAAGUUCUGCAGGCACAAGCAGGGCAGAAAGUGUCAGUAGCUAUGACUGCUGGAGGUGUGACCACAGUGCAAGUUUCACAAGCUCAGCAGCAAAGAGCACAGCAGCUCAUAAAACACCAUGCUGCUGCUACUGCAGUUGCAGCAAGUGGGAAACAGACUGUAACACGAGCUGUGCCGGAUAGCGAAAUGGCAGCCAUGUUCAAACGCCAACAACUUAUUGUACAGCAGCAGAAGGCACAACAAGUCCAAGUGUCCACACAGGGCAAUCUGACACCUGCACACUUUCUGGCACAGGUGCAACAAGCAGGAACUUCAGGCCAAACGCAGGUUGCUACACUCGUUAAAGCUGUAUCGGCAGCUGGUGGCAGUCAGCAAAGUGUCACUAUCCCAGUCGCAGGAGUGACGAUACCACAGGUUAAGGCACUGACACCAGGCACAAUGAAAGCAACACCUCAACAGAUGAGGCAACUUGCAUUGCAGCAACAGCAGCUUCUGCAGCAGCGCAAGAUGGCUGGCCAGAAAGUGGCACAGCUCACCCAGGUGGCCAAUAAAGCUGGAGUACCGACACAGUUAAUUGUACAGUCACAGAAAACUCUACCAUCCACAAUGACUGUGCAGCAUAUUCAGCAGGUCAUAAAGCAAGUACAGCCACAGACAGUUCAACAAUUCACACAUGCAUCUGGAGCACAGACAUUAGCCACCCAGGUGUCUGGAAGCCAAGUUUAUUCCCUUGCAAAGGGUACACAAGUGUCCGGUGCUACAUUGCACACACGUAUGCUCCCUGUUGCAGGCAACCAGCAGACAUUGAAGCAAAUACAGGUUGUGGCAGCACCAAAUGUCCGGAGUUCAGUACCAAAUGUUACUAUUGACUCUUGUGGAAGGCCUCAAGUGAGUGUAGCUUCAACCUUGUCUUCUGCACUUGCUAAUACCAUAAAAGUGGCUCAGUCAGGAUCAACUGUCCAACAACAGGCAAUUUUAUCUCAGGUGAGUGCAGCAUUACAAGGUCAAACAGUACCUGUAACAGUGCGCCAGACAUCACAGAGCCCAGUUCGCAUCCAGGCAGCAACCAGUGGCACUGCUCCACUAGUAGCAGUUGCUGUGCAGCCUGCGAGUCAGGUGACACACACACAAGCAGCACCUGGCUCAUCAAACGAUACGGCUCAGUGAAAUGUGGAAAUGAAUCAGAAAGAAGAGACUGUUGAUAUAAGUAUCAAUUUGUGUAUAACAUCAGUAAUUUAAUUUUUCAAUAAUUUGUUCCCUCCCAUAUCCAGUUUGUACAAUGUGUAUUUUAAUACUGAUGUUGGCUUAUCGUUUUAGCCAUAGCAUUUAGUUGUAAAAGGUGUACCAUAACGUAAAUGUCGAUGUCAAAUCGUGCAAUGAGUAAAUCACAGUAUAACACAACUGGAUGUGUGUAUCAUUUCAGUUUACUGUGAGUCAUAGGCCUACAGCAUAAAGAAGUGUUCUGCUUAAACUGAUUCACAGAUCUUAUUUUCAAGGACAGACUCUUUUCUGAUGUUUGAAACUCAAAUGGAAGAACUUGAAUGUUCAGUGAGAGAUUUGUACUUAAGAGAAUUCUUGAAAUAACCACCCAUGAAUCGUAUUUAGUUCCAAGAAAAGUUUUUUCAGUAAUAUUAGUAAUUAUACAAGUUACUUGUAAUUCAUGGACAUCCUCACCUACCCUGCUUCAAGUAUCAUUUAAAUUAGCAUCCAUCUGUAAACAACUUUUAGCGAAAUACCUACAGUGUUAAGUUGCAGUUCGUGGUAAAUUAAAAAAAUAUAUAUAAUGAAUGAAAACAUAUACAUGUAUGGAACUCCAUGAAAUAUUUAUGUACUAAUGCAUGCUGGCAACGAUUUUUUUUCUUCAUAACCUGUAGAUGAUUAUUCUUGUGUCAACAAAUAGUGUUUAAUGCACUACAUACAUGUUAGAGAUGGGAAAAAAUGGCUUCCUGAAGUUAAAAGUUAACAUUCACAGAUGGACUAGUAAUGUAGGUCUAAAUAACCAUUUCCUCUGUUUUUAAUGUAUUUCAUAACUUUCAUUUUGUAUUGUAUUUUCACUGUAUUGCAUACUAUAUUAUUUUAAUCUUGUUUGUUACAAUGCUUUUUAAUGGUCACAGUUGUAACAAUUUAGUAUAAUCUGUCCUUGAAAAGAAUAGAAUGUGGAGAAGAGAAAGAUGAUACAUGCACAUUUUAACAAACACAGUUUUAAUAACAACAGACACUCCAGGCUAGGCACGUUUGUAAAACAAAUAAUUGUCAUGUUUGUAUGUGAUAAAAUAAAUGUAACUGUCAAGUUUAUAUUUAAGUGAGUGUAACUAAAUGGAUGUCUGAAGACUGUAAGUGGAAGACUUGUUGUAUCUUUCAUAAAAUCGUGUAAAUUACA